GGAGUGACCACUGUGUCCGAAUUUCUUCGUGAGCGCAGAGUUCCAGAAGAAGUCAUCAACCGUUUGGAAGAGGAAAAGACCUGGAUCUGAAAUGACGCCCAUGACGGAUGAUCUAAUUAAAUUAUACUUCUCCAUUGGAUUUAGUAACAAGGAGAUACUAAUGUUAUUGGCACAGAAUCACAGAAUAGUGCUAAGUAUCCGGACGUUAAAGAGACAUUGCCGUGAACUGGGACUGUUCAGAAGAAAACACCAUUCAGAUCUGAAUGACGUAAAAGCUUUUCUGCAGCAGGAACUACAGCAUGAUGGACAGAUGCAAGGAUAUCGCUGGCUGCAUCUUCGGGCAGUUCAGAAUGGACUUGUGGUACAGCAGGACACAAUACGACAGAUCAUCAAGUUCCUUGAUCCUGAGGGUGUGGAACUUAGAAGAACUCGUCGUCUUAGAAGGCGGCAGUACAACACUAAAGGCCCAAACGCUCUUUGGCACAUGGACUCUUAUGAUAAAUUGAAACCCUAUGGUAUUGGGAUUAAUGGAUGCAUUGAUGGCUUCAGCCGUUUUGUUUUAUGGAUGGAAGCUUACACAACAAACAAUGACCCAAAAGUUGUAGCCAACUAUUUUAUAGAAUGUGUCACACGUUUGGGUGGGUGUCCAGAGAGGAUCCGGGCAGACAAUGGAACUGAAAAUGGAAAUGUUGCCAACAUGCAGGUGUUUCUAAGAAGAAACCACACCGACAGUUUUGCCAAAGACAGCAGUUUCAUUUAUGGACGGAGCACUGCCAAUCAGCGCAUAGAAUCCUGGUGGGGAAUUCUGAGAAAACAAAGCAUUCAGUUCUGGAUGAACAUAUUCAAAACACUUCAAGAGAAUGGACAUUUCUCUGGGAGCUUUUUGGAUAAAAGCUUAGUCCAGUUUUGCUUUCUCAACCUGGUCCAGAGAGAUGUGAAUGAAGUAGUGAGAACAUGGAAUACCCACUAUAUCAGACCAAGACCUGGACAAGAAGUUGCUGGAGGUCGACCCAUCCUCAUGUACACAGUCCCUCAGGAGUAUGAUGCUGAGGACUGUCUUAAAACAGUGGACAUGGAGGAGGUUGCGGUAUGCAAGGAGGAGUGCACACCCAAGAGUCAGUUUCCCUGUGAUGAGACUGUCUUUGAGCUGUGUCUACUACUAAUGCAGGAGAAUGAAUGGGAGGCUCCUACCGAUGCUUAUAAUGCAGCUGAAUUGUACACCUCACUUAGAGCAGUAUUACUUCAAAAUCUUUGAACAUGCUGAUUGAUUUUCCAGUUUCAGCAUCCUUGCUAUUAUAUGGUGGCAGUGGUAUCAUAAUUAUUUCUUAUUCAGUUAAAUAAUUAAUGUUUGCUAAUGUUAAAAACCUUCCUGAUGUUUACUAAAGCAGUGAAGAAGCACACCCAUCUAAGCAAUAUUGUGGGUUUUUUUGUUCAUGAAUUGCCUGGUUAGGGUUCAACAGUGACAUGGUUUAAGUUACAGUAAGUUUUGUCUUUUAGGUUGGGUGUGCUGGUUGCAACGGUGUCUGUGUUAUGUGAUAUACGAACUGCACUAUAACACUGUACUACAAUAAACUACUGUUAGAAUUAUUUUUACUAUUCUCUAUAUGUUUAUUUAAUUUUCCAUAUUCAUCGUAUUUAUCAUGUAACAAAUAAGCUUUUUACCUUGGUGUGCAGUUGUGUGAUUGUAGUCUGUAAUUAAUUGAGCCGCAAAGAAUCCCGAUUUUAA